AUGACGGGUUCAAAGCAAGCGCGAGGACGAGCCUUACAGGCUGCCAAACCGUUUGCUUCCAUCUCAUCUACCACAUCUUCAGGGACCUCAGUACCUUCUUCAUCAUCAUCACCUUAUCGGCAACCAGAAUCGGUGGCGGUGAUUGGAGGAGGCAUUGCCGGUUUGACCUGUGCCAAAUUUCUUGCGGCCAACAACCGGUUUGUACCGACCGUUUUUGAUACGGGGCGACUGCGUCCAGGAGGACGAUGUUCCUCGCGAUGGCCAACGGAUAAACCGGCAGACGACGAUUCAAGAUCCUACAAGUAUCUCAAGUCCUCCAUUUUCGAUCACGCCGCGCAAAUCUUGGUGGCUCCCCGCCAGUUUCCAGAAUUUCAAAGACAAGUGGAGGAGUGGGAAACAGAGGGCAUCAUCUCGAAAUAUCCUGAAGGAACCGUCUGUAACAUUGCAGACAAGAACUAUCAGCGAGGAAAACAGCAACAACAAAAUGACAAGAAGUCAGGAGGAUUUGCCGUAAGACCCAUUAAUACCAGCAAGAAAAAUGUAAUGUACUAUGGAACCGAAGGCAUGGGAUCCAUUCCCUUGGCCAUCCAAAAAGAUUCACGUGCCAGUCUCGAGCAAGACGUUUGGGUAUCACCCUCGAAUGGAGUACGCUAUCAGAACAGCAAUAACAAGUGGAAGCUCCAAGCCAAUGGCCAGACUCUGGGAAUAUUCGAUCGAAUCGUCAUUGCCCAUAAUGGCAAAUGCGCCGACCGAAUCAUGUCUAAAACACCCGCCAAGAAGAUACACAAUCUACUGCGAGUCAACUUUGCGCCACGAGUACCACCUCAAGGUGGCAAGCGAAUGACGCUCAACUCGAUCUAUUCCUUGACAUUUGCCUUGCCCAAAAACAACAUGUUGGAUCAGGUAUUGCCCAACAACAAGUUUUACUGUGGGUUCGUCCAAAACGAACCAACCCUUAGGUUCUUAUCGUGUCAAACACGCAAAUAUCAGCAAGACAAGCCUGAUGAGGAAGUUCAGGUCUGGACCGUUCUUUCGUCCGCGCCGUUUGCCAAAAAGCACAAGGCACCACAAGAGUUCUUGCCUAAUGACGUGGUUGAAAAUGUCACCCAACUUCUCUUGCAGGGAGUCGAAAAGAGCCUCUACGUGGAAACAAAUACCAUUAUCGAUUCUGUCUUGGAAAGCCGAUUGCAAUUAUGGGGAGCAGCUGUUCCAGUCAAUGUGUGGGAGCAACAAGGCAAUGCCGACAACAGCAAAUGCAGCACGGGGUUCCUUCAUGAUGGCGACCACAAUGUCGGAGUGUGCGGUGACUGGCUUCUCGAGGCGUCGAUAGGCGGAGCCUGGGAAAGCGGUCGACGCUUGGCAGAAUACAUGGUGUCGGCGAUAGAGGAAGACCAGCAGCCAACAACGACGGCUGCAGUUGUGGGUGUCAAGGGAGCCUUUCGAAUGUCCCAGCAGGCCAUGAAAGCAGGGAUUGGAUCCUUGACUUAG